CCCAAAGACUGGGACACUUUUGUUGAAAUGUAUCAAGACGUUCUUGAACAUUUUGCAAUGCAGUCUCCAAUCAUUCUGUACAGUCUUACUCAAGCCAAGAAGUUCUCCAAAAUCUGUGAGGUUGGUGUUGGCCCAGGCCUUGCAGCGAGAAUGUUCAUCAGUAGCAUUAUGAAGAAGGGUGCCUUCUACUUCUGCAGUGAUCUGUCUGACGAAAUGAUCAAAGGUUUCUAUGACAACUUCCAGAGCUGUGACUCAGCUCUGAAUCCAAGAAAUAAGUUGGAGAUGAUCGAAGACUUUGAAACUAUUGACACCAACAAGCACAUCAAAGAGAUGGGAGAUGAAAUUGAGAAGAAGUUGUUUUUGGUCAAAGCAAACAAUGAGAAGCUUCCAUAUCCAGAUGAAUGCUUUGAUUUAUAUCUCUCCAGCUUGUCGUUGCAUUUGGUUGAUAAUUACAUGAACCAGUUAGAGGAAGCAUAUCGAGUUUUAGAAAUUGGAGGAGUGGCAGGAUUUACAGUUCCCGGGAGACUUGAAAAUUGCACCAAUCUCAACUUUGUACCUAGUGUACUUCAAAGCCUGGGGCACGAGCUCCCAGCUUCAUCAAACAAACCUGCAACUCAUCUAAGUGACAAAGGAAAUAUCUAUAAAGAUUUUAGAAAAGUCGAAUUUAACAUUGUAAAAAUGUAUUAUACAGAGACAAACCAUACCUCUGAAAACGUAACGGAGAUGGUAGAUGUUAUAAUAAAAUCACCAAUUUUCUCAAACAUUUUGGAUAACUUGACAGAGGAACAAAAGUCAGAAUUCUACGAUGAACUUGACUUACAAUGGACCUUGAAGUUUGGCCCUCAAACAACAGAGACGUUAAAGCUGGAUAUUCUCGUUGUUAUCGCCACCAAAUAAUCGGAUAUUACAUUCACCCAUCUAGAUCUAAACUGUCUCGCUUAAUAUUAAGCUCCAAAAUCAGACAUUAUCCAUUUUAAAUUUAUUUCCUUUG